AUGCUCAAAUUUUUUUCUAAACUUUUUGUCCCAUUUUCCCUUUAUUUUUUAAUAAUUCCUGAUAUUUAUUCAACUACAACAACCACUAGUGGUUCUUUCAAAUUGCCAUAUAAGCGUCAUCGAUUAAACAGGAAAAAUGGCCCCUUUCAAGCGAUAACAAUGAAUAAAAUCAAAAAUUUAUUUCAACAAAAAUACAAAUUUUUAACUAAAAGGAUGACUAAAGAAUAUGAAACUCCUCUUAUUGACAGCUACAAUACUAUUUUUACCGCUACAGUUACUAUAGGCGGGCACCCCAGGGCAAGAAUUCAAUGUAGUCAUCGAUACGGGUUCAACAUCUUUUUGGGUUCUUGA